AUGACGAACUGCCUGGUGACCCCUGCGACCGAGGAGCUGCCCCCCAGCAACCUCGUCACCGCCGAGGAGUUCCUCGCCCGCAAGGUCCCCCACCAGGAGAAGCCGCAGGUUGCGCCAGACGCGGGGCAGGUGCCCGCGCAUGCCGGGCUGCCGAGCGAGGCCGAGUUUGCCGGCCUGGACGCGUCGCGCUCGGCCGCCGCCCUGAAGAGCCCGCACCGGCGCGUCCGCACGCGGCUCUACUUCACUUCCGAGAGCCACAUCCAGACGCUGAUGAACGCGCUCCGGUACUGCCACCUGGCGCACCCGUGCGAGCCUGGCGACCCGGACGCGAACGUGCGCGUCGUAUGCCCAGAGGCCGAGGAGUGCUUGUCCCGGGCACCGGUGUUCGAGUACCUUUCGCAGGUCGUGCUCCGGCUCUACGAGGACAAGAACUGCGCACCCGACUCCCCCGAGCGCCACAGAGUCGAGGUGCUGUUUUCGCCUGGGGCCGACGGGGACCCCGAGGGCGCCAACCAGGACCAUGGGAUGGCGCUGGCGCCCCUGCGGCCGCUCCACGAGCCGGGGCACCCGCUGACCCUCGCGCAGGUCAGGAAGCUCCUGGGGCCGUUCUCGGAGGAGCCGGUGGCCGGCUAA